AGGCUCCCCUCUCUAAACCGUCACAUCUCACUAGCAAUAGUCUCCUACUGCACCUGUUCUUGUCUACGAGCUAGUCUUGCUGAGCUUGUAACGUAAUUAGGGCGUAAGCCAUGGCAUCUAAGGUUCUCCUCCUCUUGGCCAUCAACCUCCUCUUCUUCACGGCGGCCAACGCCUGUGGCUGCGCCUGCGGCAAGUGCCCGACCCCAUCGCCCCCGGCUCUGCCGCCGCCGCCGCCGCCAUCCUCAUCCUACAACAAGUGCCCGGUGGACACGCUCAAGUUCGGCGUGUGCGCCAACGUGCUCGGCCUCAUCAGCGGCGAGGCCGGCAAGGUGCCCGCAGAGCCGUGCUGCAGCCUCCUAGGCGGCCUUGCCGACUUCGAGGCAGCCGUCUGCCUCUGCACCGCCAUCAAGGCCAACGUGCUCGGCCUCGUCGUCGACAUCCCGGUCAAGCUAAGCGCCCUCGUCAACUACUGCGGCAAGUGCGUCCCCAGUGGCUACACCUGUUCGUAAACGCGUGGUUACUCUCGUAGCCGCGUACGUACGUACGUAAGCACGCACUUGCAUGGCAUGCAUGCGUUGUGCUUGCUGAUCUCCUAUGUCUCGUUUGUGCACCUUCUGUUGAGCAACCUAGAACCAUUUCGGCCAAAUGUUUGACACCUUGUCAGUCUUGUCUCUUGAAUUUGUUUUUUUUGUUUUAUCAUUUGUUGGGCAAACAUCUUCUUGAAGAAACAAGAGUGUUGCUUCUAGGUUUGAUAUUUAAAAGUUGUAAUCUGUUGAGAGUCAUUUAUCGUGUGCAUGUAAAAUCAAGAAUUCGUAUUCCAUUUGUUAAUCACUCCAUCUCUUUUGGGGGAGAAUAAAGCCAUUUGGGUUGCUCUCA